AUGCUCAUUCCUACUUUCCUUGCUCUGUUGACACCACUGGUGCCACUGGGAGGAGGAGGAGGAGGAGGAGGAGGAGGAGGAGGAGGAUUUUCUUUGCAUUCUCCGCAUGUUCGGGCAGGGCGACCUUCUCUGCUUCCUCUCCUUGCCAAGUGGCAUGGCCGUCAGCCGUUUCCUCCUCCCGUGGUGUUCGAGGCGGCAGAGGAGCACACGGCCAGCAUCAUCUUCCUCCAUGGCUUCGGGGCGCAAGGGGCCGGGCGGGGGCAGCAGCUGGAGGAGCAGCUGGACUUGCCGUGGUGUCGCGUCGUGUGCCCCCUCGCCCCUCUGCGCCCCACCAGCAUGGGGGACAGGCAGAGCUGGUCGAGCGUCGACCUGCUGCCGCAGCGACUGCUGGCUGGGGAGGGAGGAGGGAAGAGAAGGAGAACGACGGGAGAGGAGGAGGAGGAGGAGGAGGAGGAGCAAGGAUGGAGAGACGGCUUCCCACAGGGAGGAGGAGAGAACUUGAGGGUAAUCGAGGAGGAUGAAGUUGACGCGUCGCGCAACGCCGAGUACAUCAAGCGCCUCAUUCGAGCUGAGAUGCGAGCUGGAGUGCCAGCAGACCGGAUCCUCCUGCUGGGGUUCUCUCAAGGCGGAUGCGUCGCUCUGAGAGCUGCCAUGACACUUGAGGAACGAAUAGGAGGAGUCGUAGCUUGCUCUACGUGGUUUCCGCGGCUCAGGAGCUCAGCGCGAGUGAGCGCUACAGCGAGAGAAGUUCCGAUCCUCCUCCUGCACGGCAAGACCGACUGGGUUGUUCCUCCUGCUCUUGGACGGCAAGCGGUGAGGAAGAAGAGUUGA